AUGAAGUGCUUUAGGGACAAUAAAGAGAUUGAUAGAUCAAUAGUCAUGUUGGAUGAGAAUAAUCCUCGUGAAAAGGCUUUUCGGAUGGCAAGAGGCAUGUUGAAGAAUAAUACAUUUCAAGAUUUAAAGCUGCAACUUAUCUCUGAAAGAUCCAUGAACGAUCGUGUAUAUAACUGCCCUACCAUAUCUGAGGUAGCAGCUCUUAUAGUCGGGGAUAUAGAUUCAGCAUAA